ACUGAAUUUUUCAAAAAAAAACUAAAUGGUACUACAAAUUUAAAUCAUCCUCAUCUUAACAAAAAUGAUAAAGAAUUAGAUGAGGAUGUUCUAAUAUUAUUUAAAAGAAAAAUAAAAUUGCUGCUUGAUGAUGUUGAUGACAAAUUAUUGGAAUCAGAUAAAAGAGGAAUAAAAAGACUUAUUAAUAAUGUUAUUGAAAAUCAGACUUAUUCUAAACAAGCUAAAUUAAUAUUUAAACAAUUGUUAGAAAAAAAAUGUAGAGAAUAUAAUUAUGAAUCAGUUCAACUGUAUUGUAGAGUUUGUAAAAGAUAUGAUGACUUUGAUAAAAGGGAUAAUUAUAUUUCUUGUGGCCAUUUAAGAAGACCAAUAGAUAUCAUAGAAGCUUUUGAAUUUGCACAAUAUUCAAAAGAAUUCUGUAAAGAUAGGCAAUAUCAUUAUGAAAUAGUUAGUCCUUUAUUCGAUAACAAAGAU